AUCAAUCAUAUCAUACAAUAAAAAAAAAAUUAGAACGAAGCAGCACGUUGUUGUCCCCCCUCCAACAAGAUAUCGUCGUCGUCAGCAUCCUCCCGCAAUUGAAUUGAAUCGAACUGAAUUAAUUGGAAAAACUUUGAUUCGGAGGGAGUUACUUCCGCUGCUGGCUUUGCUACCGCGACAAGGAAAGGAAAGGAAAGGGAGGGGGAGGAAGAAGGGCAAAUGUCCAUCAUGCUUUUGGAUCCCGAAGAAGAAAAGUUUCAUCUGACUUGGUGAUACGAUACGCUAAUCGCUGUCACCAGACAUGGUUUCUUAUUUAAUCUGUUGAUUUCUAUAUCAUUCCUGCAAUUAAUCUGUUCAACGAGGAUUGAGUCCGGUUCACGCCACAGGAGUCGUCCCUUUGUGCCCGCAACCUUCCUGCUAUAUAUAGCAAACCACCUCCUUCCUUCCUCUCUCACCCACACUCGCCCUCGCCCUCGCCAUCGCUCUCGCUCUCGCUCUAUCCCUCCUCGGCUGUCUUGAAGGAAGUAUGCGAUUGGCUUGGUGCAGUGGAGGAGACAGGUGCUUGUGUUAAUUGUAGCGUCUGUUGUUCUUGUGUUUUUGUUCGAUUCGACUGCGAGAGAUGGAGAGGGGGGUGACAAGCGUCGUGAGGCUGCCGCCUGGGUUCAGGUUCCACCCGACGGACGAAGAGCUGGUGGUUCAGUACCUCAAGAGGAAGGUCUUCUCCUGUCCAUUGCCGGCCUCGAUCAUCCCCGACGUCAUUCUCGCCAGAUUUGACCCUUGGGAUUUGCCAGGCGGGUGCGAAGAGGAGAGAUACUUUUUCAGUCUGAAGGAGGCCAAGUACCCGAACGGGAACCGGUCGAACAGGGCCGCCAGGUCGGGGUACUGGAAGGCCACCGGGAAGGACAAGGCGAUCAAGUCGCCCGCCGCCGGCGUCGGCCAGGUGGUGGGGAUGAAGAAGGUGCUGGUCUUUUACCGAGGGAAGCCGCCCGCCGGAGCCAAGACCGAUUGGGUCAUGCACGAGUACAGGCUGGCCGAGCCCGGGAGCCGGGCCUGCCUCUUCCCCCAAAGAAAGAACUCGACUCAUAGCUGCGCGAUGCCGACCGGAGACUGGGUGCUCUGUCGCAUUUUUAAGAAGAAAAGAGCUACCGACACGGACGCGGAGGCCGAAGGAGACGAGGCAGUCGCCAAUCACAAGGGGAUGAUGAGGUUCAUCGACUUCAUGGGGGAAAGGGAUAGAGAUGGAAGGCACCACCUUCCUGCGGCGGCCUGCGCGUCCAAUUCCAGCUGCCUCACCGAGCUCUCCGACGGGUGCAGCAGCAGCAGCAGCGGCGGGGAGGAAAGUAGUUCCCGGAAACUGCCACUCGGUUAGAGAGGACGGCCAUGGUGUUCCUCUGCUCCUCUCUUCCUCCGUUUUAGUCCCGGAAGCCAAAGUCCAAAUAACCUUUGAGCUGUUGUUGACUCUAGGAUUUCUAGAUCUCUUUCCAUCUCUUGUAAGUGUUCUGCUUAGCUACCGAUGCUGCAGCAGCAGCUGCAGGAAUGAAGUAAUGCUUCGAUCUUAAUGGAAUCAUGUGUUGUUGUUGCAGCUC